AUGUCCGCCCCGCAGAUCCCGAAUUUGCUCGACUCGCUGCGGUUGGGACGUGGAGGCUCGCGCGGGCGCGGAAGAGGGCUUCGCCAUGGCCCGACGGCGCGUGGCGCCGAGUCUCAGGACACCAUCGUCCAGCAGACCGACGGCGACGCCCUGGGCUCCCGCGUGAGUGCCGUGGAAGCGGGAUAUCUCAGCGACCCAUUCGUAAAGGACUUCGUCACCGAGGAGGUGCAGAGGCGGUUUCCCAUCAUCAACAGGGGCACUUAUGUGCGGACCGUGGCUAUCGAUCGGCUCGUCGAGCAGUUCCUCGCCGUCGAGCCCGACCAGCCCAAGCAGAUUGUGUCGCUGGGCGCUGGAAGCGAUACGCGCCUCUUCCGGAUUCUCUCCACGCGCGCCUCCGUCCCUUUGAUGUACCACGAAAUCGACUUCCCAGUCAACACGAGGCACAAGAUUGCCGCCAUCAAACGCACACCCACCCUUCUCUCCGUCAUCACCUCUCACCUUCCAAAGCCCUCUGAACUCAGCAUAUCCGAGGACCUUACCUCGCUCCAUUCCCCUAUCUACAACAUCCAUCCACUCGACCUUCGCUCCUUGGCCUCGUCCACAUCGCUCCCGGAGCUGCCAAACCUAUCGCCGACGACGCCUACCCUCAUCCUUUCUGAGUGCUGCCUCAUCUACCUGGCCCCAGACGAAGCCGACAACAUCGUUGCCAACCUCGUCUCGAAGCUGAUCCCGGCCCCGACCCCAGUCUCACUCGUCCUGUACGAGCCCAUCAAGCCCGAUGAUUCUUUUGGUCAAGUGAUGAUAUCGAACCUAGCAAGACGCGGCAUCGUGCUGCAGACGUUGAAAAAGUAUUCUUCUCUGCUCCGCCAGUGCGACCGCUUGAUGCGCUACGGCUUCGUCAGCGGUCAGGCUUCGGCUGAGGUCAAGUUCAUCUGGGAGAACUGGCUCAACAAGACGGUGCCGAGCCUGAACGAUGAACGGAAAGGAACCGACGAUCUGGAUGAAGAAGAGGAGUGGAACCUCCUGGCUGCGCACUACUGCGUCGCUUGGGGUUGGAGAGAUGGUGAGGAUGCUGUGUUUGGUACCGCUUGGAAGCAGCUGAAGGCCCAGGAAAUGAAACCUGAAUAG